AUGGCCGCGAAGUCGGAUGGAGCGGCGGCCGCGGCCGGCCCGGGGCCGGAGGGGGCGGCCGGAGGAGCCCGGAGUGGUGCGGGCGGGCGCGGGGAGGCGGCGGCAGUGGCGGCCGGGAGCCCUGUAGUGACCGGGGCGGGGGGCUCGGGGCCGCGCUACGAGCUGCGGGACUGCUGCUGGGUGCUGUGCACGCUGCUCGUGUUCUUCUCCGACGGCGCCACGGACCUGUGGCUGGCGGCCUCCUACUACCUGCAGGGUCAGCACACCUACUUCGGCCUCACGUUGUUAUUCGUGCUCCUGCCCUCGCUGGUUGUGCAGCUGCUCAGCUUCCGCUGGUUCGUCUACGAUUACUCGGAACCCGCGGGCGCCCCGGGACCCGCCGUCAGCACCAAGGACAGCGAGGCCGGAGGGCCCUCCAUCAGCACCAAGGACAGCGCCGCCGCCUUCCGGACCAAAGAAGGCAGCCCGCAGCUGGGUCCCGAGCCCGCGCCCUCCUCGGCCAGCGCCUACCGCCGCCGCUGCUGCCGCCUCUGCGUCUGGCUGCUGCAGACCCUCGUCCACUUCCUGCAGCUCGGCCAGGUCUGGAGGUACCUGCGCGCUAUGUACCUGGGGCUGCAGAGCCGCUGGCGCGGGGAGCGGCUGCGGCGCCACUUCUACUGGCGGAUGCUGUUCGAGAGCGCAGACGUGAGCAUGCUGCGCCUGCUGGAGACCUUCCUGCGCAGCGCGCCGCAGCUCGUGCUGCAGCUCAGCCUCCUGGUGCACCGCGGCGGCGAGCCGGACCUGCUGCCGGCCCUGUCCACCUCUGCCUCACUCGUGUCCCUGGCCUGGACGCUGGCCUCCUACCAGAAGGUGCUGCGGGACUCACGGGAUGACAAGCGGCCGCUCUCCUACAAGGGCGCUGUGGCCCAGGUGCUGUGGCACCUGUUCACCAUCGCAGCCCGCAGCCUGGCCUUCGCGCUCUUCGCCAGCAUCUACAAGCUCUACUUCGGCAUCUUCAUUGUGGCCCACUGGUGCGUCAUGACCUUCUGGGUCAUCCAGGGCGAGACGGACUUCUGCAUGUCCAAGUGGGAAGAGAUCAUCUACAACAUGGUGGUGGGCAUCAUCUACAUCUUCUGCUGGUUCAAUGUCAAGGAGGGCCGCAGCCGCCGCCGCAUGACCCUCUACUAUUGCAUCGUGCUGCUGGAGAAUGCCGCGCUCACGGGCUUCUGGUACUCCAGCCGCAACUUCUCCACUGACUUCCACUCGCUCAUCCUGGUCUGCGUGGUGGCUUCCAGCUUUGCACUGGGCAUCUUCUUCAUGUGUGUGUACUACUGCCUCCUGCACCCCAAUGGGCCCAUGCUGGGUCCCCAGAUGCCUGGCUGCAUCUGCCCGGAGACCCCAGGACCCUGUGGCCCCCCAGCUGAUGCUGUCACGAGUCCCCCAAGGUCCCUGCCGAGGACUACAGGUGCCGAGAGGGAUGGGGUCUCUGUGGGGGGCGAGCGUGCAGGGACCCCCACGCCACCUGUCUUCCAGGUGCGGCCUGGCUUGCCUCCCACCCCAGUGGCUCGUCCUUUGCGGACAGAAGGGCCUGUCAUUCGGAUUGACCUGCCCCGGAAGAAGUAUCCUGCCUGGGAUGCUCAUUUUAUUGACCGCCGGCUCCGGAAGACCAUUCUGGCACUGGAGUACGCCUCUCCUGCCACACCUCGGCUACAGUACCGGAGCGUGGGGACCUCCCAGGAGCUGCUGGAGUAUGAGACCUCGGUGUAG